GGUUUACAAGGAAACAAAGAAAAUGAAUGCACGGCAAAUAUGACUGGACAGGGAGACGGGCCACCAUGGAAACGUCCGGCAGAUGCUAUGGAUACGGACGCCGAUGCGCUCCAGCGCCGCAAGAAGCAGCGCACCGGGCCGGCCCAGCCCAAGAACGCCGUGUCGGCACUCAACGAGCUCAAGCCCGGCCUGCAGUACAAAGUGAUCCAGCAGGAGGGGCCCACACACGCGCCAACCUUCACUGUUCAGAUCGAGGUGAACGGCGAGGAGUACGUGGGCACUGGCCGCUCCAAGAAACAGGCCAAACAGACGGCGGCCGAGGCGGCGCUGCGCUCCUUCAUCCAGUUCAAGAACAUGACGGACUUCCAGCUGGCCAUCAACCCGGCGCCGGUGACGUCCGACUUUACGGCCGACGUCGGCGUGUCCGGCCACGACUUCGUCUUCAACAAGACGGCCGGCGACGCCGACGCCGCCGCAGAGCCGGCGGCCAACGGCAACGGCGUGGCGGCGCCACGGCCGCGCCUGACGCUCACGCCGGCCGACAAGAACCCCGUCCAGCUGCUGAACGAGCUGCGGCCCGGCCUCAAGUACGAGCUGGAGGAGGAAAGCGGCGAGCCGCACGCCAAGAAGUUCAGCAUGAGCGUGCACGUGGACGGCGAGAAGUUUGACGGCGUCGGCCCCAGCAAACGACUCGGCAAAGCGGCCGCCGCCAAAGCGGCGCUCAGCAAGCUGUACAACUACUCGUUCAUCAACUACGCGUCAGUGGGCGGCUCGGACUCGCCGUACGGCUCCACGUCCGACCUCAGCGAACAGCUGAGCUUCCCGCAGACGGUGGCCGACCACAUAUCCAAGGUUGUCAACCAGCAGUUCCAGACAUUGAUGGAGAGCCAGCAGUCGCACAGCCGGCGCAAAGUGCUGGCCGGCCUGGUGAUGACCACCGGGCCGCAGAUGUCCGAGGUCAAGGUCAUCUCUGUCUCCACCGGCACCAAGUGCAUCAACGGCGAGCACAUGAGCGUGGAGGGCAACAGCCUGAACGACUGCCACGCCGAGGUGAUCACGCGGCGCUGCCUGCUGGACUACCUGUACGGCCAGCUGGAGCUGCUGCUGGCGCCAGAGACAGAGAGCGACAGCAUAUUCGAGCCGAGGCCAGAGGGUCGCGGUUACCGCCUCAAGGAGAACGUCCAGUUUCACCUGUACAUCAACACGGCGCCGUGCGGCGACGCCAGGAUCUUCUCUCCGCACGAGGCGCAGACGCGGACCGAGUCGUCCGACAAACACCCGAACCGGAAGGCGCGGGGGCAGCUGCGCACCAAGAUCGAGUCCGGGGAGGGCACCAUUCCGGUCAAGUCGAGUGACGGCAUUCAGACCUGGGACGGGGUGCUUCAGGGACAGCGACUGCUCACCAUGUCCUGCAGCGAUAAGAUAGCCCGCUGGAACGUGGUGGGGGUGCAGGGCUCACUGCUCGCCCAUUUCAUCGAGCCCAUCUACCUGGCUAGCGUGGUGCUGGGCAGUCUGUUCCACCCGUCACACCUGGUGCGCGCCAUCGGCGGUAGGAUCGGCCCGACGGCGCAGGGCCUGCCGCCGCCCUACCGGCUGCACACCCCCCUGCUGGCCGCCACCAGCUCGCCAGAGGUGCGGCAGCCCGGCAAGGCGCCCAACUACAGCAUCAACUGGACCUGCGACCAGCCGGCGGCCGAGGUCAUCAACGCCAUGACUGGCAAGAACGAGGCGGGUCAGGCGUCCCGGCUCUGCAAGCGCUACCUGUACGCCCGCUUCCGGCGGCUAGUGGGCCGCCUGCGCCCCAUCUCGGACGCGCUGCACGCCGGCCAGCUGCACCUCGAUUACGGCGACGUCAAGAGGCUGAACACCUCCUACGUGGCGGCGCUCGGGUGCCUGGUGGCCGCGUUCCGUCGCGCCGAGCUGGGCGAGUGGGUGAAGAAGCCGAUCGAGCAGGACAUGUUCCAGGUGGACGCCAGCGAGCCGCUGCCACAGACCCGUUAG